CGACUCGACUGUCGUCUGUUCCCUGUUUUCCUCAUGGCGGAAGAAAACAAACGAAGCCAUUGACAACCAAGCUGCCCUGCCAAGCUUAUUUUCUUGGACUAGGACGCCUUAUUUUUGCGACUCACCAUGCCGUCUCGCAUCCGGCAUGGGAUCGAAAGCGAUGCCGCCUCAGGUUCUGGCUCAGACUCGGAGUCUGGAGGCUCAUCUGGUUCAAGUCGCAGCAGCAGUCGUAACUCAGCUCCUGGUUCUCGGAGAGGUUCACCUGUAGGCUCUCCUGGGGGCUCACCUCGUUCUGGCCCAGGAUCUCCUCAGUCGAAAAGAUCUGGCAGUCCUGGCUCACGAGGAUCUGGAAGCCGUGCAUCGAGGAGAUCAGGCAGUGCUGCCUCAAACAGAUCUGGCAGUGCAGGCUCUCGCAGAUCAGGAAGUGCUGGAUCCCACAAAUCUGGCAGCCCUGCGUCCCGUAGAUCUGCCACUCCUGGCUCUCGGCGAACUGGGAGUGCAGCUUCCAACAGAUCUGGAAGUGCUGCCUCUAACAGAUCUGGAAGUGCUGGCUCGCACAGGUCAGGAAGUCCUGCAUCUCGCAAAUCUGGCAGUCCUGCUUCUCGAAGAUCUGGCACUCCAACAUCUCCAAGAUCGGGAAGCCGUGCCUCACGAAAAUCGGGAAGUGCUGCAUCCGGCCGAUCUGGGAGUGGGUCAAGGCAUUCCGGUAGCCCUGCUGGCUCUCAUCGCUCAGGCUCCAGAAGCAGGUCUGGCAGUAGGUCGAAAAGUAGGAGUAGAAGCAGAAGCAGGAGUUCCGCCAAAAGCGCUAGAGCAAGCCGGAGCAGGAGCAGAAGUGGGAGUGCCAGGAGUAAAAGUGGCAGCAGGAGUGGCAGUAGAAGCCGGAGUGGCAGCAGGAGUAGAAGUGGCAGCCGCUCUAGAAGCCGGAGUAAAAGUGGCAGUCGCAAAAGUGGCAGUCGAAGUAGAAGCGGUUCACCUGCCAAAUCUGGAGGACGCCGCUCUGGAAGUGAGUCAGAUGCGGGAAGUGAAGUUGGAGGGAAAAGAAAAAGGGCGGUUCUCAGUGAUAGUGGAUCGGAUGGCGAAUUAAAGAAACAGCCUCGUAAAAAAGUUGUUGUUGGAUCUGAUAGUGAAGAUGAAGGGAAAGAUGGUCAGGCAAAUGUUGAUGCUGAAGCCCUCUUUGGAGAUGCUGAUGACAUCAGUGAUGAUGAUGAUGAUGAUGAAAAGAAAUCAGUGAAAGCCUCUGAUGAUGAAGGUGGUAGACAAAGCCGUAUGAGUGAAGGUAGUUAUCAUAGCCCCCGCCGAGGAUCAGAUGAUGAACCAGAAGAAAGAAGGCCCAUGCCAGGGGAGGGUCCUGAGGAAGAAGAAAAAGAUGAACCGCCACCAGAAACUAUUAUUGAUGUGGAAAUCCCUCGUGUUGGCUGUGAUUUGGGUAGAGAAAUUAAUUUUGUUAAGCUGCCGAAUUUCCUUUCUGUGGAGACUAGGCCCUUUGAUCAUGAGACCUAUGAAGACGAAAUUGAUGAGGAGGAAACUUUGGAUGAGGAAGGUAGAGCCAGGCUUAAACUUAAAGUUGAAAACACAAUACGCUGGAGAACAGAAUUUGACAAAGAUGGCAAUGCAAUCAAAGAAAGUAAUGCUAGAUAUAUUAAAUGGAGUGACGGUAGUUUGUCUCUUCACUUAGGCUCUGAAAUCUUUGAUGUCUACAAACAACCCCUGCAGGGGGAUCAUAACCAUCUUUACAUUCGACAAGGUACUGGUUUACAAGGACAGGCUGUUUUCCGCACCAAGCUUACCUUUAGGCCGCACUCAACAGAUUCCUUUACUCACAAGAAGAUGACCUUGUCCUUGGCUGAUCGAUCAACCAAAACAAGCGGAAUCAAAAUUAUGGGGGUUGUUGGAGCAGACCCAGACAUUAACAGAUUUGAGAAGAUUAAGAAAGAGGAAGAGAGACUGCGUGCUUCAUUGCGCCGAGAAAGCAAACAAAAACGCAUGCGAGAGCGAGGAGCCAACAGAGGCCUAUCGUCCAGCUACUUGGAGCCUGACAGGGAAGGUGAAGAUGUUUCAGAUGAUGAAGGGGCCAUCUCACUGGCAGCUAUCAAAAAUAGGUACAAGCCUGGAGCCAAAGGAGCCAAAAAUGACCGUCCCAACAUUUAUUCCUCAGAAGAAGAUGAGGGUUCUGAUCUGGAGCUACGCAGAAGUAAGAAGGACAAAUCAAAGCAAGCUUUGAAAGACUCCGAUGAAGAAAGUGAAGCGUCUGGAAAAUCUCCAGCUGCAUCUGCCUCCGGCUCAGGUUCAGGCUCGGGUAGCGGCAGUGGUUCUGGAAGUGGCAGUGGCAGUGAUAACGAAUAAUCAUGGAAAUUAUGACAGUCAAUCAAUUUGUUUUUAUGUAAAUAUGUAUGAAAAAUUAUUAUGAACAGAAAAGAAAAUCAUGUUCUGCGUCUUAUCAUGCAUUGUCCAAUGCAUUUGAAUCAUUUUUUCUUGUACAAAUGUUAACUUCUAGUGACUGAGUGUACAGUAUUCUUUCAUCACUGUUGUAUACCAUUCUAGUAUCAGUAGAAUGAGCAAUGUGUUUUAUGCAUGCCACACUGCUCCAUUUUAUGGUCAGAUUUGUUUCCACUGGUAUUCAUUUAUACUGAUUCACUGAAAGAAUAGAGACUUUAAAUGCCAA